AUGGACAAUAGGCCCAUGACAAGGCUGUACACCAAAAUUUUAGCCGGACAAAUCCCAGAACCUGUCCCGGCCACCCAACACCUCGGGCAGUCCAGUGACUCUGAAGAUGGGACCAAGCCUGAAAAAAGGAAGAGAGGAUCGUCAGAAGAGGACCCACAUUAUGAUCCAGAGAUGGAGCUAACGCCACCGGCCGGGACUACUCCCAAUCGCAGAGUGGACCAUAAGGCUGCCAUUGUUGAGGAUGCACGGCGGAGAGCAGCUCAUAAAUCUCCAAGUGAGGGUGCCUGCCUCGUCACGGGCUUCCGUGACAAAUCCAUCCAGUGCUGUCAUGUGGUGCAACGCGCCACAUAUCAUUCCGAGCUUAAGCAUCUGGAACGAUCGUGGGCGUUGAAAGAAGUGUUUAGCCUCGACUCGCACUUGAACCUCCUUUUUCUGAGAGCGGACAUUCACAUUUUAUGGGAUCGGGGUUACAUUGCGUUUAUACCUGAGCCUCAAGUCGUCGAGAAAUGCUACAAGGGGUCUAUUGUCCCCAUCGGUGUGGACUUGUCGUGCAAUGAUCCACUCGAAGUGAGCAAGAGCCCGGUUUACAAAUACUGCAUUGUUGUCAGUAGCGACCUUCCUCAAUCCGAAGAGAAUACUGCUUUUCCAAGAAAACUCGAAACGUCAGGCUGGUUCAAAUCUCAUGCUCCUCCCCAAUUCUUUAUCUACAACAUCGGAUCGAAGCUAUCGAAGGGUGACGGAGGAGCUGCUUUCCUUUUGAGCCUAGAUACCUUUUACAAGCGCCAUAAGAUCGGCUAUCAAGCGAAACUCGUUUUCUCUCACAUCGAGAAAGCCUUCUCACGAUGGUCUACAGCAAGACGGCGUCAGGAUAAUGGUUUGUGCAGUUAG